UUUCGUACUUUGACCAUGAAUCGCAAGGAUUGUUUUACGUUAUAAAUACUCCGGUCCACAGUAAAAUAUAGUUAGUUGUGCAUCGUGGAUACAGUCCGGAUACAACAUGACUGCGUGUUUACGGAUCCUGGGCCUUAUGGCCGUUGCAAUCAGUCAUAUGACACAAGGUAUGAUCAUUUACAAUCCAACGUCGUACACGAGCCGAUACACCGACCCGUGUUCGCCAAACCCGUGCGGUUCCAACACUCAGUGUCGUGUGGCCGAAGGAAGGCCUGUUUGCAGUUGUCUGGCUGGACACUGGGGAAAUCCGUUGACCUACUGUCAACGAGGCGAAUGCGAAGUCAAUCAAGACUGUCCAAACUCGAAAUCUUGCCGCAAUUAUAAAUGCGAAGAUGUAUGCGCAGGACAAUGCGGACAUAACGCUGAUUGUACGCCCAGGAAUCAUAUUGCUGUGUGUUCCUGUCCAGCUCGACAUGUCGGUGAUCCAUCUGUGUCUUGUCGCCGAAUGGAUCCACAAGAACUAUGCUACCCAAGCCCGUGCGGUCAAAACACCAAAUGUGAAGUGAUCAACGAUGUGCCUGUAUGCACUUGCCUGCCGGGUUACUUCGGUUCGCCAUCUUCCGGUUGCCGUCACGAAUGCGAGUCCGACUAUGAUUGCAGUCCAUCACAGAUGUGUCAACAGUACAAGUGCACCUCAGCAUGCGCUGCGGGAACUUGUGCACCGACUGCGAUAUGCGACGUCAACAACCACCGACCAACCUGCUCGUGUCCAAAGGGCUACUUCGGCGACCCGUACACUUCGUGUCGGGCCGAGUGUCUGUCGCACGCCGACUGCCCGUCGGACCGACCGGCGUGCAUGGGCGACCGUUGCGUGAACCCUUGCAGCGGCGGCAGCGUGUGCGGAGUGAACGCCAACUGUGAAGCUCGGGGCGCGACGCCCAUAUGCAGCUGCCCGCGGACCAUGACCGGCGACCCGUUCGUCCGGUGCCGCCCGUUCGAGCCGGCCGACCUUUGCGAACCGAACCCGUGCGGCGAGAACGCCCGGUGCCAGCCCGGCCACGACAACACCGGCAAGGAGCGGCCGGUGUGCACGUGCCUGCCCGGUUACACCGGCGACGCGCUCACCCGGUGCAGGCGCGGCGAGUGCACCGCCGACGUGGAGUGCCGUCACGACCAGGCGUGCGUCGACUACCAGUGCAAGAACGUGUGCUCCGGCCAGUGCGGCGUGGACGCCGAGUGCAACGCCCGCAACCGCGUGGCCACGUGCUCCUGCCCGCCCGGUUACACGGGCGACGCGCUGUCCCGGUGCUAUCCCAAGUCGACGUCGACCGGCGCGCGCUAUUCGACCAGCGGACGCGUCUACUACAACAAGAAAUGAUCGCACGGUAAUCGUUAUCGUUAUCGUCGUAGUCGCGUGUACGUGUACGGCAGCCUCGGUGUAUUAUUUCGUCCGAUUAUUAUUAUUAUUAUUAUCAUUAUUAUUAUUAUAUCGCCACGUCGCGAUGCAAGUUUGCGUGUUGCAGCGCUUGCACUUCCGGCGGAAACGAACAAAACUCUACCGCGCGACAUUGUUUUCAGUCUGUUUGUAUUAUUAUAUUUUUACGCAUGCGAAAUGUAAUUUUAAUUUUAUAUUUUAUAUAUUUUUAUCGUCUUGUUGUGAAAAUUAAGCGGUUCGAGCUCGACGUCGUAUAUAUAGGCUUAGAGUUGGCCGAUAUCGUUACAUUUACCUAUAUUAUUGUGUAAGAUUAUUCGAAACUUAAACAGCGCUGUACACGCCGACAUCAAUUUCAUAUUAUUAUUACGUUAGACGAUUUUCAAUUUCUAAAAUAUUUUAUAUCGUUACCAUUUUCUAUUUUUUUAAAUAUAUAAUUUAUUUUUAUUUUCUUAA